GUAAAAAGUGAGCUCCUCGGACGCACGACAACACACCAACUGAAGUGGAAAGCGGCUCCUGUUCUGCUCCUCAUCCUAUUCGGACAUUGCGUACAAGGCGGUUCGGCUUCAGACUGCUGCAGGACUGAAUCGAAAGGAAGAAGACAGUCUCGUCUUUGGCUCGUGCGUUAAGUUUGUCUCCAGUUUGCCUACUUUUUUUUUUUUUUUUUUUUUGCUUUUUUUAUGUCAGCGAAUUCGUAUUCAGCUUUGUAGUGUUUAUAGGCGGAAAGGUGGAAAUCGACCUUCGUUUUGUCAUCUCGAAGAUUAAAUUUAACUCAUGACGGCAGAGGUCCAGCAGCCCCCAGCGCAGACUCCUGCUCAGAGCAGCCCGAUGUCUGCUCCGGAGAAGCCGCACGGACAGACGGCGGUGAUGGAAACCGCCUCCUCCACAACGAAAACCAAAAAGACAAACGCAGGGAUCCGCAGACCAGAGAAACCCCCGUAUUCAUACAUAGCUUUAAUAGUCAUGGCUAUCCAGAGCUCUCCAACGAAGCGCCUGACUCUCAGUGAAAUAUACCAGUUCUUACAGAGCCGCUUCCCGUUUUUCAGGGGCUCAUACCAGGGAUGGAAGAACUCCGUGCGUCACAACUUGUCCCUGAACGAGUGCUUCAUAAAGCUGCCCAAGGGCCUCGGCCGGCCAGGGAAGGGCCACUACUGGACUAUCGACCCGGCUAGUGAGUUUAUGUUCGAGGAAGGCUCCUUCAGAAGGAGACCCAGGGGUUUUAGGCGCAAAUGCCAGGCGCUGAAGCCCAUGUACAGCAUGAUGAACGGCCUGGGAUUCAACCACAUCCCCGAGUCCUACAACUUCCAGGGGAGCGGCGGGGGCCUAUCCUGUCCGCCCAACAGCUUGUCUCUGGACAGCGGGAUUGGGAUGAUGAAUGGACACUUGGCAGGUAACAUGGAGGGGAUGGGUCUGUCCGGGCACACCAUGUCACACUUGUCGACCAACAGUGGACAUUCCUACAUGGGAAGUUGUACAGGAUCCACUGGGAGUGAUUAUCCCCACCACGACAAUUCCGCCUCUCCUCUGCUCACCAGCGGGGGAGUCAUGGAGCCUCACCCCGUCUACUCGAGCUCAGCCUCGGCGUGGGCUCCUGCACCCUCGGCCUCGCUCAAUAACGGGGCCUCCUACAUAAAGCAGCAGCCUCUGUCUCCCUGUAAUCCAGGGGCAAACCCGCUGCAGCCAAGCUUGCCCACACAUUCACUAGACCAAUCUUACCUGCACCAGAAUGGGCACAGUACUACAGAUUUACAAGGUAUUCCUCGGUACCAUUCCCAGUCUCCAAGCAUGUGUGACCGAAAGGAGUUCGUCUUCUCGUUCAACGCCAUGACGUCCUCGGCGAUGCACUCACCGAGCAGCGGCUCGUACUACCACCACCAACAGGUCGCCUACCAGGACAUCAAGCCCUGCGUCAUGUGAUGCCUCCACACGGACAAUCUGCAGACCAGAGGGACGGUGUCACAGACUUGAGCCACGCAGCAGAGUGAAGUGAAAGGAGAACAACCGAGUAAAUAACCACUGAGAGACAGAGAAGGCCUGCCCCGGCCCUGAUGAGUGCUCACUGCUUCAAGUAGACCGGACUACUUUUCUGUACUGUUUUUUUUUUUUUACACAUCAGCGACAAAGACACGGAGACAGGCCAAUCACAAAAGCAACCACAUAAUAAUAAUAUAUAAUAAUACAAACUUUUUCAUGCCAUCAACAUCGACCAGCGGGGUAAAGACUGGCUGUAUGAAACCCUGCUGCUGUUUGGUACUUAGUCCUGCAGAGCGGAUGACUACCACUUCACACUUUUGUUCAUGUUUAUUCUUCUUGUUAAAGUAGGCCAAUGUAAAAAAUGCACACGUCUAAGUUUCUAAAUUUUUACUUUUCUUUUCUUUGACAAAUUAGACUGACGCUCUUUUUUUUUUAUUUGGACUUUCAUACCAGCGUUGAAUUUCAAAAUGAACAAUUAUGGACAUUGUAUAUAUAUGUCCAUAUAUACUGUGUAAAAAUGAUGAAGGCACUUUUUGAAUAGCCUAUAAGCGCAGCUUUUUAUUUAUUCUGUAGGCCUACAUAUUUUAAUUUCAGGCGAAUUGGCCAAGGAGGUAUAUGCUUUAUUGGCAAUAUUUGUCAGAACGCUUGUUAUUUGUUUUAAAAUGAAAAUUGAGGAUAUAAUGUAA